AAGAAUUCAUGUGACAAAAAUGAUUGCAACUUUCACCGCAGUUGCCGUUCUCUUGAUAAUAAAAGGUUCUGAGGCUGGACUUUACGACCUCUUUACGCCAGAGUCACGAUUAUCUGGAUUUAUCAUGGAAAAGAUUUCUCCGAUUGGAAUGGUCAUGUGUGUUAAAGAAUGUUCGAAAAGACGCUUUUGUGCUUCCUUGAAUUUCAGCCGAAAACGCUUAGAGUGUGAGUUGUCACAUAGUGACGUCUCAACAAACCCGUCUAACAUGGUGUCUGAUCCUGAUUUUAUCUACAUUGGAAUGAACCAAAUACCAGAUGAGUAUUUUGAUUCAAAAACUGCGUCCUGUCCAGCAAAAGGAAGAUCCGUUAAUACAGCUACUGGAUCAAAAUGCGUCAAAUCAGAUUGUCCUUCUGAUCACCCUGACACCAAUGUAACCACAGUGAAGGUCACAACCACCAAGGUCGGGACCGUCCUAAAUUACACGUGCAACUCGGACACUUCAAUUACCUUGACCUCUACAUGUAGAGGGAAUGGAACUUGGUCAUCUUCUGCUUUUUUAUGCCCGGACAUACCUGACUGCUUCAAAACACCGGCUUCGUGUUGGAUCCAGUAUAACUUCACUUAUGACAACACCUGGGACGGAUGUACCGGGGGAACUCGUUAUGUUCGGAGAACUCAGUAUCCUUCCGCCCCGUAUGUGGGCGUGGUCCUAUGCAGCCCCACCAGGUACAAGAUAGUUUUGGGAUCCGCUUUUACGGAUAAAUUUCUCAGCAUUGGUGAUGGUUAUGGUUCAGGGGCGGAUCACUGUGAACUUGUAGGCGGAUACCAAACUGAGGCUAUAGUGGCAAAUGAUUAUACAACAGCUCCAACUGUUACGGGAUAUAAGCGUUCUAACUGGGGUGAACCUUUCACGGUUGGAACGAUAGGCAGCUCGACCCCUUACAAGUACAAUUCAUGGUACGAAUGCGGAGUGACUCCACCAGAACCUCCCUGUUUUAACACCCCGACAUCAUGUUGGUAUGAGUAUAGUUUUCAUUAUGAUACUGCGUGGAACGGAUGUACAGGCGGCCGGAAGUACGUCAUGAAGACCAAAUAUACUUCCGCUCCUAUUGUCGGAGUAGAACUUUGCAAUUCAACAAGGUACCAGAUUUUUCUGGGAGGAAAUUUAACAGAUAAAUUUCUUAACAUUGGUGAUGCUAAUGGCAAUGGAGAAGACCACUGUGAAUUGGUUGGGGGACAAGAGAUGGAUGCAGUUCUCCCUGAGACCAACAGCAGCGCACCUGAACUGACAGGUUAUGCAAGACGAUAUGUGGGCGAUGAAUUCAGCAUACAAUCCAUUGGGAGGAACACUGGUUAUCAAAGUAACCCGUGGUACGAGUGUGGGGUGCAGAUACCUUGUCCUCACGAACCAGCUUGUAUGAGCGCCACUCCUCCUUGUUGGUACGCCCUCAACGUGUCAGUGGACAACACUCCUAGUCCUUGUACCGGCGGACAGAUACUCGUCAAGAGGACAAACUACAAAUCGGCUCCCUAUCUCGCCGUGCAGUUGUGCAAUAGUACCAGGUACAAGUUAUUCCUUGGUUCGAGUUUAGGGGCUACGUUCAAGAGCAUAAGAGAUUCUAGUGGGUGGGGCGAAGAUCACUGUGAACUCGUCGGCGGAACUCAAGCUAAUGCAGAAGCAAGAGAAAACCACGUAUCACCGAAUAUUAGAGGCUAUUGGAGGUCGUAUGUGGGCAACAGCUUUGAGUAUGGAUGGAUACAUGAAUAUACCUAUUAUUUAGAGUGUGGAGUUUCUAUUCCCGGGACAAACACUGUGGUCUAGAUAUCAUGUCUAGAUAAAUGGCACGUCAUUCUCGAAGAUACAUAUCUAAAAAUAUUUUACAGGGAGGAAGGAAAGAGUGUUCGAGUUUAAACAUUUCGCUAGUGGCUUUUGUUAGUGGUUUAAUCAUAUGUGCAUUGUACAAAUCUAUCUUCAUGUAUUUUACUUCUCCUUGUAUAAAUCUGGUAAAUGUUCCAACCAAGAUAGUGCUAUACUCGGCAAUAAAUUAAUUCAAUCACCGAACGCUUAGUUUUAAAUGAUAAAGUUACAAUCGAACAUUUCAUAGACAUAAGUAAAUUAUGUUUACAUGCUGAUUUUUUUGUAAUCCUCCUCUCAGCACUAUGCACCCCAUGCGCAAAUGACAAUUGUAAUAUUUGCAAGACGUCUGGGGUUUUUUCCCCAAAUUAAAAAAUAGGUAUCAAUUUUUAGGAAAUUAAAAAUUGAUAUACAAAACAGAGUAUAACUAUUGUAUUAAAGCAUAUUAUAUUGAUAGUUUUGCAUAAAUCAUUAUAAAUUAAUUCGCUUCACGAACCUGACAUAUCAAAACGUAAACAAAACAUGAAAAAAUGUUCUGCCUAUGUCAAUAUUGGUCGUUUGGAGUAUUUUUAAAUAUUCAAAUUUUAACUUCAGAUAUCGAAAUUAUUCCUUACUUAAUAAUAUAGUUUGUUACUCAACUUCACAUCUAGAAAUUUAAAGUAGAUCUGAUCGGUAAUUGAUUGAGCAUUCAUCCUCCUUAAAGUGAUAUUUGGUACACUUAAGGCGAUGAGGCGGGAUAUGUAUUUGACUUAAUCUGCAAUACGCACUGUCAUUAAAUCCCUAUGAACCACCACGAAAGAAUUUUAUUGUUUACACCACUACGUGGUUUUCCCUUAUGUAUAGAACUGCUUUUAAUAGAAUGCAUGUUUAAAGGAGUUUGAUGGCUUGGCUAAUUUUAAAAGAAUUCUUUUUCAUGAGUCAUAGUUUUUAUAUAGCACUAGAUUUAAUCUGUGCGUGCACAGUUUGAUCAAGUAAGGUGAGCAUAAUUUGGAAAAGGAGAUAAUACAUUGUUACGUCCAUGCCUUUUCUACCACCCUUUCUCUACAAAAGAUUUUUCUAUGGACUUGAUAAGCAAAGAUAUUAGAAAAGAGUCCACCUUCCCUGUAUUGGAUGGAUUUGACCCUCCCCCCUCCGAAUAUUCUUUUCAUAUGGUUUAAGAUAGCAUUUUAACCGUACAUUUAAAUAUAUAUUAGGGUGCUCUGUCCUAAAAAAUAUAUGUACAUUCGUAUUUCUAGUCUUCAUGAGUUAUUUUUUAUUCUUUACACAUUGAUGGACAGCAAGAUCCCCUCGUUAUAGUUGGUUAAAACCAAAAAAUGUGGAUCCGCUUCAUUUACUAUAGGUGUAGCGGAAGCUCAGGUCUUUUCGAUGUUCAAAUUUAGUUCGGUU